ACACGGCGGCUCUCGCGCGGCUCACUUACUAGUUAUCUAUUCGAGACUUUACUGCACUUGUGUGCUAGAAGCGAUCGACGAGUUGCGUGCGCUUCUUCUCGCUCGCAGGAACAACGAGAGAGCAGGAAGAACGAGAAAAGCUGAUUACAUUUUCCGGCAAAUUGGACUUUGGUGCUUUUCGUCUCUAGUCGAAGAUGCGAUAAGAGCCCCCGCAGGACUUGGAGUCUGAGUCGAUUCGCACGUGCGCGCACAGGUCGCGAGGCGCGUCGUAGCCCCGCCGGGCCAAGUGCGCAAGCUCUCAUCGACUCUCGCGGGCACUUUCUCUCCGCUGUUUCUCCGUUCGCUCGGUGGCGCCUCGAGAGAACAUUUUUGUAAUCUUCGAUAGCAGUACAUCCGAAGGGUACUUUUUUGGGAAAAAAAUAUCGUUACUUCGACGUAAAUUACAUAGAGGCGCAUCACCACCAUGCUGCAAUUACAGUACUUGUUCUGCGUAUGGCUCGCAGCGGCCGUACUACUUUUCCGACCUGCUCAGUCCAAUGACUACGACUAUGAAAACGAAAUAAAUGACUUUUAUCGCAAAGACGGCAGCAAUCAGCAUCAUUCAGGAAACAGUGGCGUUUCAUCUUUCAGAUGCCAACAAGAAGGAUUUUACGAAGAUCCAAACGAUUGUCGAACAUUUUACAGAUGCGUUGACUGGGGAAACGGAAUGCCAUUGACCCCAUUCAAAUUUGAGUGCGGUAUUGGUACUGUAUUUUCAAUGAAAAAGGGAAACGUUUGUGUUCGACCGAAAGAUAGUGGUCGACCUAACUGCUGUGAGCCUGAUAACGAGAUAGAAUCGAAUGAACCUGGAGGUGGCAGUGACGAAUGGAAUCAAGAGGUUGAUAUCCCACAGCAACCUCAACCGAGUUAUCCACAAGAACCUCAAAGCCCCGAACGACCAUAUCCACCAACGCAACGACCAACUCCACAGAGACCUACUUAUCCAUCGCAGAGGCCUCCGGCUUAUCCACCCCAGAGGCCUGAAAGUCCAGAUUAUCCUUAUCCAGGGUAUCCUCCACCACAAGAACCAGAAUUACCAAGUUACGCCACUCAAAGUACUCAGAGGCCUCAAAAGCCUACGUUCCCGCCAACACAGAGACCUACAUAUCCAUCAACUCCCCAAAGACCCAGUUCUCCAUCAACUUUCCCGUCAACGCCUCAAAAGCCUAGUUCGCCAUCAACUUUCCCCACAACGCCCCAAAGACCUAGUUCACCGUCCACUUUUCCGACAACUCCACAGAGGCCAACUACUCCACAGCAAACUGCUCGACCAACAACGCAACAACCAAGACCAACUCAACCAGGUUUGGUUCCGGAGCAACCUACGAAUAAACCAGUUCAACCCGGUCUAUUCCCACCAUCACCAACCAACAGACCAUUCCAACCUAGUCUUCCUCCUAGGCCAGGUUCUCAAACUCAAAAUCCUUCCAGUCCAUCUCACGGUUGUGACAGCACUGGCGGAUGCGCUUCAUCUCCAGGAUGUUCACAAGAAGGUUUCUUCCCAAAUCCUGAAGAUUGUCACCAAUUUUACCGAUGCGUAUCUGAAGGUGAUCGUUUAGAAAGAUACGAUUUUUCGUGUGGUUCUGGAACAGCAUGGGAUCAAGACCUUCAAACCUGUAAUUAUGAAGAUAGCGUGGCAGCUUGUGGAAGUGGAGGAGCUGGAUCUGGAUCCAGCCGUCCUCCAGGCCCAGGUCCACAACCUGGAACUGGAAGCUCACCACAACAACCUUCUUAUCCACCUUCCGGACCAUCUUAUCCUUCGCAAGGACCAUCAUAUCCAACUCAACAGCCAUCUUAUCCAUCACAGGGACCAUCAUAUCCAACACAGCAACCUUCUUAUCCAUCACAAGGACCGUCAUAUCCUUCAUCUAGACCACCUCAAACUCCAAAUCAAACACCUUAUCCCCCAACCCGUCCAACUCCUCCCCAAUCACGUCCUACACAAGGUCCAUCUAGUACAAAUGGACCAUCUUAUAUUCCUCCUCAGCAAUCUUCGACAGGUCGUCCAUCAUCAACGGGCCGACCAACUUAUAUUCCUCCUCAGCAAUCUUCAACGGGUCGCCCACCAUCAACAGGCGAUUCAGGUUCUCCUGGUGCUCCUGGUACAGGUGGCAAUCCUUGUUCACCAUCUGGUCCUGCUAGUGCUUGCACCGAUGAAGGCUUUUUCCCUAAUCCAGAUGACUGUCACAAGUUUUAUAGAUGUGUUAAUGAAGAUGGAUCUUUUGGCCGAUACGAUUUCCAAUGUGGACCUGGCACUGCUUGGGAUCAAGAAUUACAAACGUGCAAUUACGAAAAUGAUGUUGCAAGUUGUGGAGGUUCUGGAAGUACUCCACCUCAAUCUGGCUUAGCUCCAGGAAAUCAACAAGGCCCAGGAACAGGAUAUCCUGGAUCUGAAUCAAGCCCAAGUGGACAAACACCAGGGUCUGGAACAGGACCAGGAGGUUACCCUGGACAGCAACCUCCUCAGCAACAACCAGGAGGUUAUCCAGGUCAACAAAAUCCUCAGCAACAACCAGGAGGUUAUCCAGGUCAACAACCAGGAUCUAGUCCAAACCCACCUGAAUCUAGUCAACCUACUCAACAACCAGGUGGAGGUUCUACAAGACCACCUCAGUCACAAAGACCUGGAGGAAGCGGUUCUUGUCAAGAAGAAGGAUUCCACCCACACCCAAAUAACUGUAAAAAAUUCAUUCGGUGCGUCAGUAAUGGUAGAGGAUUUACCAAGUACGAGUUCGAUUGUGCUCCAGGAACAGCUUGGGAUCAAAAUUUAUUAACGUGCAAUUACAUUCAUCUGGUAGAAUCAUGCGGACAACAACAAAAUGAAAUUGAACAAGGAAGUCCGCCACCAUCAUCAGGAGGCCAAGAAGGUACGUCUGGUUCUCCGCCGGUAGGUAGUUCAACUGAACCACCGGCAGGAGGUUAUCCCACAAGACCUCCUGCGGCAGAAUCGUCUAGCCCACAACCUUCUAGUACAGAAAACCCUGAGGAACCUGAGACAACUAAAGAACCUGGUUCUACAGAUUCAGAAAGUACGUCAGAAGCAGGAGCACCUUCAUCAACCACACAAGCUCCUGGAAGUGCUCCAAGUUCUUCUACUGACAGCUCUAAACCAGAUUGUAAUACCCCUAAACCCAAUAAUACAAUUGUAUGCAAUGAAGCAGGAUUUUAUCCACAUCCAACUAGAUGCGAUAAAUUCUAUCGAUGUGUAGAUAAUGGCAGAGGAUUCAAUGUAUACCACUUUGAUUGCCCACCUGGAACUAUUUUCGAUCCCAGUCUUGAUGUUUGUAACUAUCCAGAAUCUGUUUACCCAGCAAGAAAUUGUGAAACAGGAGAUUCAACAAGUAGUUCUCAAGAGCCCUCUCAAAGUCCUUCCCCUACAACUCAAUCAUCUGUAACCACAACAAAAGCACCAGAAGGUUCUACUACCCCGAAAACCGAAGGAACAACUGCUGGUGGUAGUCAAGAAUCGACUACUUCUCCUUCAGUUGAAGGCACGACGUCAGAAAGUGCUCCGGAGGGGUCAACUAUGAAUCCUGAAGCAACUACAACUGGAGCAGAAGCUACAACUAUGGCUGGUGAGUCUACCACAGUAUCGGGAGAAAUGACCACAGCAGGUAGUAACAUGGAAACUACAACUCAAAGUGCAACAGAAGCAACAACAUCUGCAAAUGCAGAGACGACAACUGCAAAUCCUGAUCAACAGCAGACUACGACAGCCGCUUCAAACCAAGAAACGACUCCUGCAGGAACAACAGACUCACAAGAAUCAACCACACAAUCGAGCUCUAGUGAUAAGCCGCCAUCUAUAGAAAACUGUCCGACUUUAGCAAAUCUUACCGACGAACAAAUAGUAUUAGUUUGUCCAACUGGUUUCAAGAGACAUCCUAAAUUGUGCAAUUUGUUCUACCAAUGUUCAUCAGCUGGAAUGGAAGUGAAGAUUUUACUUCUUCAAUGUCCUGAAGGUACCAUUUUCGAUGAAAAAGAAAAUAAAUGUUUGUCAGAAGCAGAAAGUUCCAUGCCAUGUAUGGGAGGUAUCGCCGAUAAAAGAACUACAAGAAGGAGGCUUGCUGGACAACAGUCUUCCAAUUUGAUUGAAGUAUCGACAAAGCCUCUGUGCCCGGAAGAAGGACAUUUUCCUUACAAAGAUGGCUGCAGUAAUGUAUUUUACAAAUGUGAACGGGACUCGAGAUAUGCUCUGCAAGGAUAUCUAUACAAGUGCCCAAAAGAUUUCGUUUACUGGUCCGUAUCGAGACGAUGUGAACGAGCGUCCAGAUUACCCAUGUGCGCCGGUAUGUCAAACGAAACCGAAGAAGAGAAUGAAGCAUGGGCAAAUCGAUGGGAAAUACCAAUUGAAGACCGCAAUUUAUCUGCCAGAUCGAUACGUCUUUAAGUUGUUAUAAGUUUUUACAGUCACGAUAAAAUGAGUUUACAUGAAUCUUAGAUGUUUUCAAUCAAAAUUUGCUGUUAAUUAUAAUAAGGGUUCAAAAAGUACUUGAAUUUUUAAAACUUUUUAUAUUUACAAUUAGUCUGUAUAAGAAAGUGAAAGUUGAAAAACGUUGUUUUCGAAGAAAAAGUAGUAGGUCUUUUCCAACGCCACAAUUUGAAGUUUUUUGUCCAGUAAGAUUCGUAAAAACAUUUAAAUACAUUGUUUUAAUAUUUUAAUUUAUAGAUCUUCAACGCUUAGCUUUUGUUAUUUUUAAGUUGCCUUUCGCAAGAUGUUGAGUCAUCCGACGAGUUAUUAUAACAAUAUUUUAAACUGUUUACAUGCAUUUUUGUACGUGUUCUUCGAAAACAAAUUUUUCUAACUUUUACAGUCUAAUCUUGUAAUUGUAAAUAUGAAAACUUUUAAGACUCACUUUUGAUCCCUUAAGUGUUAGUUCUGCUUUGAAAAUCAAAAUCCAUUGAAAGUAAAGCAAUGAUACAAAAUCAAAAGAUACCAAAUCGUAAAUGUGAAGUCAGGUGAAAAUGUAAUGGUACUUGUAUCCGAGUCAUAAUUAUGAUAUCAAAUAGUUAAGAAUGGAACAUUUAUAAUAUUUACACUUUUAAAUACUUUUGAUAUGUUAUUUCUUAAAAUAAGUGAAAAUUGUGCCGGAAAAUUUAUAGACAACAGGUACAACAAAUGAAGCAAUAAAGACGGCGAUAUUUGCUUACAUUAAUUGUAAAAUUACGAUUAAUAGAUGAGCUUAACGAUGCAAUGCAGUAUUGCAGAAAAUCCGUGCGCGUAUGUUUAUGUCAAUGUGAAUUAAAGUACUCACUUGUAUAUAUACUGCAAAUUAUUUAGAUAGGACAACAAUGUUUAGAUUUAAGAAUUUAUAGCAAGUAAUAACAAUGAUUAAUAAUAAUAAACUAGGACAAUAACGAAGAAAAUUAAUAUUAGUUGCGUAUAAGUACAAAAUAAAUACUUAUUAACGUGGCUACGCUUUUCUCUUUUAUUAAUCUUAAUUAUCAGUAAAAGUGUGAAAAUAAAA